UUCUUUAUUAAAAAAUGAAGGGCACAACGAAACAUUUUAUUUGUAAGACAAAUAAUUCCUUCCGUGCGUAACCAACGUGUUUAAAGUCACAUUACAUUAGACAUUUGAAGCCCCCUGAGCGACUGUAACGAUCACGUAACCAAAAAAGCAUUCUGCAGUCUUUCCGUCCUUGGCUCUGUGAUAAGUGAGACGGCCAUGAAAUUACUACAGCCAUUGAGCCAUGUUCCUCGGGCUACGUGUUUGCAAUAAAUAGCCUAGCAAGUUCUUUUGGUAGAAACCAAAUAAGGCGGAAAGAGGAAUGAGCCAACGCCUUGAUCUUGGGUUGUAUAAAUGAAAAACACCGGAAAAUAUCCUUGUAGUGUCAGUCUAGUGACUAACUCGACAACUUCUUCGACGACCGGGUAUUUUUUUCACCAACACGCCAUCAAUUGUUUGCGUUACUGUCGAAAUCUUUGUCCACGAAAACGGAAUCAAACUUGACUGAAAGUGACAAAUAUGGUGUUGAACAAUCCACUGCACAGUGUCCACACGGAAUACCCGCGUUACAAUGAAAAUGAAGGCACCCAACAACAACCAGUUGGUAACGAAAGUGAAGAAAUUGGUAAAAGCUGGAAUCUAACCGCUACGGAUAGGAUCUCUUUGGACAACUUGUCGAUUAAAGCACCCGGAAGGGCUGCAUCCAGCGGCGAACAGAUGUCGUCCGCAUCGUUCCCAAUGAGUAGAAAACGUCUUUCGGCUCUCACUGUUAGCAAAAGGUGGAAAAAAGUUAGUCAUCAACUACAUACGCGGAAAUUACUUUUUGAAAAGCGCAAGCGAAUUAGUGAUUUCGCCCUAGCCGUCGGCAUGCUUGGCAUCAUCAUCAUGAUAAUUGAGAACGAAUUGGCUAGCGCCGGCGUCUACACUAAAUCAUCAUUAUAUUCUUUCUCCUUAAAAGCGGUGAUAUCAUUCACAACCAUGAUUCUUCUGGUAUCCGUAAUGAUUUACCAUAGCUUCGAAGUCCAGAUAUUUCUGAUACAAAACUGCGUGAAUGAUUGGCGGAUCGCCAUGACGUGGCAACGGAUAAUUCAAAUGAGUUUCGAGUUGCUCAUCUGCGCCAUUCAUCCAAUUCCUGGUGAACCAUACUUUUUCUGGAAGACUAAUCACACCAUUGACGUCACUCUCGGUCUGCCCAUGCUCUUCCGAUUUUACUUAAUCGGCCGAGCCAUGCAUCUACACAAGUACUCCACAAUCCACAUCUCCAGUAUAGUAUUCUCUCUAGUGUUAUUCCUCAUUGUCGGAUGCGACGAUAAUAAACUUUUUACAGACACAACCUCGAGAUCGAUCGGGGCCUUCAAUAACAUCGCAUUUGACACUCGAUUCAUCUUCAAGACACUGAUGGCCAUUUAUCCCGGCACUGUCCUUCUCGUUGUGGUAGGUUCGCUGUGGAUCGUCGCCAGUUGGACUAUGCGGCAGUGCGAACGCUAUUACGAUGAAGAGUACAACAAUUUACUCAACACCAUGUGGCUGAUAAUGAUUACUUUUCUGACCAUCGGCUACGGCGACAUGUUUCCCAAGACAUACUGCGGCAGAAGUAUCAGUGUCGCCACUGGAUUCAUGGGAGCCGGUUGUACGGCGUUACUGGUAGCUGUCAUCUUGAAGAAAAUGGAGUUGACCCAAGCCGAGAAACGCGUCCAUGAUCUAAUGAGAGAUACUCAGUUCACCAAAGAGUUGAAAAAUGCGGCUGCCAAUGUUUUACGAGAGUCGUGGCUCAUUUACAAGUACACGAAAUUAGUUAAACGCGUCAACCCAGGUCGAGUACGGAAUCACCAGCGCAAGUUCUUGCAAGCCAUCCAUUCAAUGCAAAACGCUAAAAUGAAGCAUCGUAACUUGAUGGACGACCUUCAUGUCCGCAACAACCCAUAUAACAAUAUGGACGACCAGAAUGCCGCCAAUAAAAUCACUUCUGAAAUAUAUACACGCCAAAAUAUUUUGGAGGAACGACUGAGCUCACUGGAAAAUAAGUUGGUAGUUCUCCAGGAAACUCUAGCAACUCUGCCGGAAGAAAUUUCACGUCACUUGACUAUGACCCAACUCAAUAAUUCUUCUCGCAACCCUGGACACACCCUAUUUUCAUAACGACCAAAACCGUGGUGAUUUAUUAUGAUUUUAUUAUGCUCUUCACUCGUGGAACAUAUGAACUUUAUACAUGCUGUAUCAGUUAAAAAGGUUCUAUUACAUAAAAUAACUUACAUUAAA